AGAAGCACUCUCUGUCCAUGUCCGGGGAGGUCUGUGUGACGCUUUUCAAUGUUUUGGAAAAAACUCGUGGUGUGCAUGUUUUGCUCUAAAUUUCUUUUAUUCUUUUAUAGAUUUAAGAAGCAGACAUGAUUGUUUCAUAUUUUGUAUCCCAGAAAUUGUUCCGUGGACUGUACCAGGAGAUUGCGCGAUGGAAAGCUCUCACAAACUAUAAAACAAAUAUUUUUUCGAACGCGUUUUUCUUGUACGCGUUCAGAGGACUGUCAACAACAACUUGUUUUCAUAGUCCCGCCCGUGAGUUGAACAAGCCUCUGAAACAGUGGACUCUGAUAGUCAACCCCUUCAGUACUGUGAGAGUCCAGUUGCCCUGCAAUGUGUCUGUACGACCCCUGGACCUCCACGCUUUCCCGGAGGCAGACAGGGCUUUCAUAACUGUUCAUGGCACCAGCGCAGAUCAAGGACUAAAACUAGACAACUUUCAUGUCAAGUACUACGAACAGAAAAGGGAAUUGUUGAUUUUGUCAGAAAAGGUCAAUAGUAACGUGUCUGUGGAAGUGACUGCUCCAAUUAAAAGUGAUCUGCAUAUUACAACAUUUGGAGCAGGAAAUGUGAAGAUUCAGAAGAUGGAGUGUGACAACUGCAGAGUAUUAACAGAGCGGGGAAAGAGCCUCCUGCAGUCAAUUAAGUUAUUCUGGAUGACCUGGCCUGACCCAGACCCUGACCCCAAUUUUGACCUUGACCUGACUACACAGUGGGGUUUUUUUUCCCCAAAACUGCCAGAUCUCAAACUGGCUACUUCAAAGAAACAGGGUCACAACAUAUUUGUGCAGUCGAAAGGUGGAAACGUUAUCUGCUUAGGGACCAUCCACGGGAACGUGGACAUCACCACAUCAGGAAAAAGUAGUGUGGAAAUCGACAAAGUCCAAGGAAACAGUAUGAACAUUUCUACAGAACACGGACCACUGAAAGCCAAAUAUAUUUAUGCUCAGUCUACUUCUUUGCAUUCUGUUUCUGCUAAAAUUGAGCUGGGAAAUGUGCAUGGUAAUGCAACUGUGCAGAGUGAAACAGGAAAUAUUGUUAUAGAUGGAUCAGAUGGUCAUCUAAAGGCUUUCACACAUCAAGGAGACAUAGAUGCUUACAUUAGCCUCUUUGGAACUGCAGAGCUGCGUAGCCACGGAGGUGCUAUCUCAGUCAGAGUCCCGGCCUCCAUGAAGACUGAAUUGCAGUUAUCAGGAGCUGUGGUUGAGGUGAGCCCUGAGAUAGUCUUGCACGAAGCUGAACACAAUUCCACAGCUGACUACACAACUGUCACUGGUCUUAUGAACGGAAAAGCUGAUGGAAAAAACUGGAUAAAAGCCCAAGCUGUAAGGGGGGUUGUUAGCCUGAAGACUCAAAGCUGGUUUGAAUCACUGAAGAUUGGGAAAGCCUAGUGUUUCAAUAGCACAAACUUAUCUGCGAUGAAGAUUACUGUCAGUGGGAAACUAAAAUAUAGAAGGUAUUUAAUGAAAUGGUGGUUAAUUAUGUAUGAAUUGUAGCUUAGACAUUUGCCCAGGGAGCAGACCAUGACUACAUCAUUUACAUAUGUUUAUUUUAAAAUUAACUGAAUAUCAUUUUAUUGUACAUUGUUAAAUAAAACGUCAGUAUUUGUUGUUCAUAAUGAACAAUGUUUUCGAACUGUACUUCACCAGUAAUUUCUGCGUUUACAUGUUCUUCUAUACUGAUCGAAGCCUAAUUUUUUUAAUAGCAGUUAUGAACAAAAGUAAUGAUGCUGACAGCUGACUGUGCCCUCUCUUUUAUUAGAAAUGUGGUCUUUUUUCACUCAGUACUGUAUGUACUUCCAGCAGUAGUUUUUAAGAAGAAUAUUAUUUCUCACAGUUCAGUUUGACUAACAAGGAUCAAAAUGAAUUUUUGAGUAUAUUCCAGCAAUAAAGAGUUUGUAUGCUAAGUGAAAAGAAAAUUCAUUAUUGAAAUAGCAUAGUAAGCUAUAAAAUAAACUUUUCUGUUUCCAGUUUCAGCGUUGCUGAAAAUGUAUCUGUGGCUGCUGAAAUUUACAGCUGUAAAUAAUAUUGGUUCCAAGAAAAUACAUAGUGGAAUUUGUGCUGCAUCAUUGGACUUUUUGCACGGCACAUUUUGCUUUGAAACACUAUUGAACAAAGUGUAAUUACAUUGGCAAAAGUCCUAAAACUAAUGCAUUUCUGACUUAAAUUUCUAAAAGUUUUUAAUGAAAAGCAGCUGUUUUGUCUUUAAAAUUCAUUUGCAUUAUUGUUAAUAUUUUUUCUGAAGCCAGUAACUAAUUUACAGGAAAAAGUUUUAACUAGUACUAAAACUUAUUUUUACAGAAUAUGAAUGCAUGGAUUUGUCUUGCAUGUCUUUUUAUAGGUUUUAUUGUCACUGUAGUGUCCAUCCAUUUAGCUGAUUUGCUGGACCUAACAUUAAAGAAUGGACUUCC